AUGGAGACUAUGGUGGCUCAAGCAAGGGAAGUUCAACAAAUCAUUCAAGGCCCUGAUGCAUUGCGUGCUGCUGAGCAGAUGAAACGUAAUGAGGAGAAAUUGGCUGAAACCGAAGCUGCCUGUAAGCAAGCCAGAACUGAUCUUCUCAAAGAAGUGGAGCACAGAAAGAAGGCUGAACAACUUCGUAUGGCUGAGUCGUCAAAGCUCAAGGAAGAAACUGCUAAAACGGAACAGCUAACCGCUCAACUGAAAGAAGCCCGAAGCAAUCUGAAGAAGAUGGAGAAGAAAUCAAAACAGGACGAGACCCGCAUAGGUACACUUGAAGCUGAAAAGCUUGAGCUUGAAGAUAGGGUUAAAUCACUCAAGAAGGAGCUAGAUCAAGUGAAGAAGAAGGCCGCAGAUGAUCGCUCAAAGCGAAGAAAGAGAAGGUACAGUUCUCACCAAGAACGAGAUGCAGAACAAGUGCGCAGACUAGAGAGCGAAGCCCUUGAACGUGAAGGAGAGCGAGACAGAGAACGACAGCAACAUGAAGAAUACAGGAGAGAAGUGAAGAAUCGUGAACAGAAAUGGGAGAAGGAAAGGAAACAGCAUCUUUCCCAAAUCGCUUCCCUUAUUGAUCGCGCUCGUUCGGCUGAAGUGGCCCAAGUGGGUAUGAUGCUGACCGCUGGUGUGAGUGUCCUGGAAAAGACCCGAGAUGAAGCGGCAUUCAACCUUGCGGAAGCGGAAGACAACUUGAAGCGCGCACGAACUCAUUCCGACAUGGAGACGAUGAGGCGAAGUGUUGCCGAAUGGAAAUGUGUGCAUGAAGAUUGUGUGUCGGCUAUUUCACAAGCGCGAAACGAGUUUGAAGCUGCAUGUGAUGCAAUUCGAAAAGGACAAAGAACUCUUGCUCAAUUUACAGAUUUAAAGGUUCCUUCGGCGCCUACCCUUCCGAAGGUAGUCCGUUUGCCUCCAGUUCAAGUAGUACAACCAUCGACGCCUGCCUGCCCUUCAACAGCAACAUCUGUGUCAUCUGUAUCGUCUGUGAUUCAACCACCUCCUGCCGGGGUUAUUGGCCAACCACGAACCCCACAGAAUAAUCGCUACAAUUCUCAUGUUUCACCACGAGACAACGCUCCUACAAGUUCGUCAAAUUCGCAUGUUUCACAGUCACCGUCGUCAACAUCUAGAUCAGUGUCAGGUGGCCUGUCUAGUGCGCCACCUCCUACAGCUCAACUAUUCGAGCGUUCUCCGAUGAAACAGCCCCUACCGAUAGGUGUUCGGCCGGGGCCAGUACCUACACCAGCAACACUUCCAUUGGAUGAUUCUGCAGUUGCAUCCGCUGCUCCUGCAGCUUCACCAUGGUCGUGGUCAACACCUUUAGGUAAUCUUGCCGACAUACGUCCUUUAAGACCAUCGUCGGAACAGGCUCAUCCUUUGCUUCAACAGUCUUCUCACCACGAACUGUGGCGAAAUGGAACUCCGUCGGACUCCUCUCAGGUGCGUGCACCUCCUGGAUAUAACUUAGGUUGGGGUGGGGUGAACGGAAGUUCGAUGGCGUCGCCGUCGCAAGGACUCAACCAAAACAGCUCAUUCCAUGGUUGGAGAGGUGCAACUGGUAACGCGGCCGUUCCACCCGGUCAACCGCAAUACAAGUACUCACCUGCUGAUAAGUAUCCGAUGCAGUACUUCGAUAGCUGA